UAAGAGAUAGGUUCAUGCCCCCGUCUCAAAUAAUGAACAAGGAACGCACAGCUGCGAACGGCGCAAGACCAUACCUCCCCAUCCAGGACCAUGCGCUGAUUGGCAACCUAAGGACGGCUGCGCUGAUUUCGGUCGAUGGAUCCAUUGAGAGCUACUGUAUUCCCGACUUUGACAGCCCGAGCAUUUUUGCGCGCAUUCUCGACAAGAAUAAGGGUGGACAUUUCAGCAUUACUCCAAAACUCAGUUUCACUCCAAAGCAGGCGUAUCUUCCCGCCUCGAAUGUUCUUCGAACCAAAUUCCUCGCGGACCAAGGCGUCGCGGAGGUCGUGGAUUGGCUUCCCCGACCUGUUGAUGGUUCACCUGCGAGGCUAUUUUGGAUGUGCCGCAAGGUUACUGCCAUUCGAGGCACAGUGCCCAUCCGCGUAGAGUGUGCACCUGCAUUCAACUACGCUCGUGACGCGCAUACCGCUGAGGUUGUGCACGAUGACAAUGUCAUCUCGGACACUCAGGAUAAAGUGGUAUUCUUCAGUCAGUCCAUGAAGAUGGAUUUGCGCUACGUUGUCGAUGCUUCUGAGAGCUGCGGCGCUGUUCCAUCUGUUUCCUUUGACCUCGUUACGUUCAAGGAACACCUGGGACCGGCAGCAGUAUGUGAUAUCAAGCUUGAAGAUGGGCAAUCCAUCACUUUCAUCUUUCGCAUACUUCCGUCGUCUGUCGGAGAACAAAAUACGACACCCGGAGUUUCCCCGUCCACAGCAACACGAGUCGCUAGGACCAACUUCAUUUCGAGCGCAUCCAAGCCGAGAGUAACGGAUGAUCCUCUCCUGACAGCAGAAUUUACGGACAGACUGUUGAUGGAGACGACGAAGUUCUGGCAGACUUGGAUCGGGAAGUCGACCUAUCGUGGGUCAUGGAGGGAAGCGGUCCAGCGCAGUGCCCUUGCGCUGAAAAUGCUGAUCUAUGAGCCGACGGGGGCUAUCGUUGCUUCUCCAACAUUCUCUCUCCCUGAAUUCAUCGGAGGUACGAGAAAUUGGGAUUAUAGGUUUUGCUGGAUACGCGACAGCUCUUUCACUGUAUAUGCCUUGAUUCGAUUGGGCUUCACCGAAGAAGCAAACGCAUAUAUGGAAUUCAUCUUCAACAGAUUACAAGAUAGGAACCCAGACGGCUCUUUACAGAUCAUGUACACUAUCCAUGGCGGAAAGCAGAUUGAAGAAAUUGAAUUGGGUCAUCUCGAAGGUUACAAAGGAUCGAGCCCCGUUCGCAUCGGGAAUGGAGCAGCAGAUCAUGUUCAACUCGACAUAUACGGAGAAUUGAUGGACUGCAUCUAUCUCGGUCAAAAAUUCAGCAAGCCCCUCGGUUAUGAUCUGUGGGUAGCAGUCAGAGAACUGGUGGAUUUCGUCGUUGCCAACCGCCACCGUCCCGAUUUAUCAAUUUGGGAGGUGCGAAACCGAGAACGUCAUUUCACAUAUUCCAAGAUCAUGCUGUGGUCCGCCAUUUUCUUCGUAGUGCACUUUCAGGUCUUAUUCCAUCACAGGGUCGCAUUAGAUCGAGGUCUGAGACUUGCAGACAAGCGCUCGCUGCCCUGCCCCAAGCGGGCGGACUGGCUUAAGGCCCGGGAUGAACUCUACGAAGAAAUAAUGGAGAAGGCUUGGUAUGCUCCUGGUGGUCACUACGGCCAAAGCUAUGAGGAACCUCACGUGCUAGAUGCCUCCAUCUUGGUUGCACCACUCGUAUUCUUCUCCUCCGCGGCCGACCCGCGGUUUCUUAGGACCUUGGAUGCAGUUCUCCGGCCCUCCGAACGGGGAGGAUUAGUUACAAAUAACCUUGUCUACAGAUAUGGUGGGGCCCAGUUCCCUAGACCCCCUAGGGAUGCUGACCGCCUUUCUCCACCAGAUGUGACCAAAGCGGACGAUGGCGUGGGGGGUGAAGAAGGAACCUUCUCGUUGUGCACCCUCUGGUGCGUGGAAGCACUCACUCGUGCUGGUCAGUACGACAAGAAGUAUCUCGUUAGAGCAGUAGAUAUGUUCGAGGACUUCCUUGGUUUCGGCAAUCAUGUUUCUCUGUGGUCGGAAGAAAUAUCACCAGCGGGCGAAGGGCUUGGAAAUGCAGUGCAAGGCUUUACACACGUCACUCUCAUCAGUGCUUCGUACAAUCUCAGCCGAACCCUCGCAGGGGGGCAGCUCACUUUGUGAGUGACUCAGGAAGAUCGUCGCGAACGAUGUCGGAAUUUAUCACUUAACUGGAAAUGACCAACUGGAUCGAAAUUGGGAGGUUACAUUUCGAUGAAAGUUACAUCUUUGAGCUCCUUCGAAUUGUUCUUCGCCAGCGGCGAACUUCCGUCCAAUUGCCGUGUUCAGGAUUCCGAGGGGUUAACUGGUUUUUCCCGCUUCACUGCAACAAGAAAAAAAAACCCCUAAUUGGGCCACGAGAAAACCGAGGUAAUAGGUGUUUCAUCGGGACAGCGAACUGAACUGUCAACAAAAUGCGCGUCUCAACGUCCAUGACCUCUUCCCCGUCCACUCCAACCUGAGUCCCGUGCUCUUGGAAAAGGCCGAGCUAUUUUUGACUCUCGACGGUCCGAACGCGGUUGGUCUAGGAGAUUGUCUAAUGUGGGGGCGAAGCGUCUGGCCGCUAAUGAGCUUUCGGGCUGGUUCUGUUCUUGACUAAAAGAAGGGUACCGGAAAGCCGUACCGGUUUCAAUUGAACCGUCAUCCAAAACCCCUGCUGCUUGUGGAUCCGAGGUUGAAGGAGGAUAUUUUGUUUGAAAGUGAUAUCCUCGGUCUGCCGAUCGAGACGUUUCGGCAGGCUUCCGGGUGGGCGACGAUGUACCGGUGAAGGAUGCAAGUUGCUGAGAACCUUGGGCAAUGUCCGCUAGGAGAGGAACCGGCUGUUCAGAACCAGAAGCGGAAGACCGGAGACCAGCUUGUUCAAUGAGUGUCUGCACGAGCUGCAGUUGUUCUGGAGUAAGGCGUGCAAUAUCCUCUGUGACGGCCGAUAUCGAAGGCUGGAGCAAAGGAGUGGAUACUUGGGAAGCGAGGUUGGACAGAGGUAAGGGCGACCAAAUAGUAGAGGGAGUGCUAACUGUAGUUGGUGAAGGAGUGACGAGAACUUUGUCGAUGGCCACGUGAGGAGACCAUGGGACACGCGCCUUGUACAGGAUGAAUAUGCCUAACAAGAUAUCCCUUGAACGUAGUACCGGGAGCUGAAGAUCAUCUAGGAGCUGCACAUAUUCGGGAAGGGGAUCAUUUGCCUUCAAGGGAACCAGAUAUAGAUCUUUUCCAAUAGCAGAAUCAGACGGCUUAGUACCCCAAGGGAAAACUAUGCCGUGACGUCCUCUCAAAUAUAGGAACUGGACAAGCUGUUCAAAUGCGUUUUCUUCUGAUGAACUUAGCGGAGUAAAGGUGACUGCAACGAGCUCCUUGUUCGCGCUCAUGCGCAUGUUAAGAAGAUAUUGGGUAGAGCUCGGUACAGGGACUCUUCCGUCCACACGAAUUAUUUGGGAGGUGAAUAAGCGACUCCAGGUGAUGUUAUCAUCGCCCAGCUUGGGGCCGCCGAUCUGAUGCGCUAAAACUCUGCAGGACAGUGGCGGAGAAGGAUCCAUCGGCAUGACGACCUCUCCCCGCCAAACCACCAGGUCUGCGGCCGUGCUACCCCACUUGUCUUCGUUGCUGGUCACCAUGUGAUCCUCCAUUUCUCCUUCCGGUGCAAGCAGUUCAUCCAAAUUUCCGUCAUCAAGCGUAUCCAACAGUUCAUCGUUCAGUGUGUCACUAUCAUCUUCAGCAUUCCUCGUCUCCCGCUGUUUGACCGGAGAGGUCUGACUGAAGGGGGAUUCGGGCCCGGACCAGAGUGUGUUCAAACUGAAGUUGGGGUGUGAUGGUGUGACUGGGGAUACUGACAAUCCAUGUUCUUUUGAGAGUGGAGGGCUUGAACUGAUCGGACUCGAUGAGUGCUUCGCAUGUAAAUUCUGAGCCUUUGAUUCCACAGGCCAUAUGUUCUCGGCUCUUCCUAAGGUGGACCGUUGUGAUGGGGAUGCUGUUGGAAGAGUGGGGCCGGUGGAGGGAUGGACCAACUGCACAGAGUCCCGAUUUUCGGCAAUCAAUUGUGUAGAUACGUUUAAUUUUGCUGCAGUUGAGUCGUUCGGCAAAGGCGGCGACUUCCGCACCUCAAGCAAAGGCAACCCCUCCUGGUCCAGCCGACGCGUCUCAUAGGGUACAAAUGCCUCGAUGAUUUCUUCCCCUUUGUGAGUGAUUUUCGCAGUCGGUGGUACUGGGGCCUCAAGGAUAGAAUGCUGCAGAGAUUCACGUCGUGCAAUUUCGAUUUCAUGCUGUCUUUCCUCAUUCGCUAAAUCCGCGGAUGACAUGGCCGCCAAGUCUUUAGCAGACAGCUCGCCUAUUCCGAUCCGGCGCCGAAGGGCUGCCCUAUCUCUUUGAGAAAGGUUGAAGCUCAACAUCCGAAAUCGUUCUCGGUACUUUCCACCUGCCAUGACUCUACCCUUCUUCUCGUCAUGCUCAGCAAACGUCUCAAAGAGAUGCUGCUCGAGUCUUUCAACGAAGGCUGUUGCUAGACUCUCCGAGGGAUUACUCGUGGAGCUCUGCAACUGCUCGGCAGAUGUUUCAGGAGAGUCUUCUGGCUUUGACAUGUCAUGUACGGAAGGGCUCUGCACGACGAAAUGCUCUUCAAAAAUAGGAAGUAUGACGUCCCGAAGUUUUCCAAAGCAAUAUUUUCGAACAGGGUCACUGGAAACAGAACCAUCCCCACCCCAACGCGCAGCCGUUUCAGCGCUUCCCGUAGACAUUCGCGCACGAUCUGCCCCUCCAAAAUCUUCAGCAGAUCCAGGUGUCGAGCGGCGACGAAUUGCAGAUUGCGCUUGGUUCACUCGUCGACUCUGCUCCUUAGCAGCGUGUUCUAUGUGCUCUUCUGUAUCCUCAAUAUAGUUGUCAUCACUGCUGGCGCUAUCAUCGCUGUCCUCGAACGUAUCAAGGAGCGCGCGAUUCUGAGCACGGUUCAUGUUGGAAUAGCGCAGGGCCUCAUCUACUUCCUCGUCCCUUGCCGACAACUGCGACAAGUCCCUCAGACGACGCGCAUUCUCUGAUGACGUAUUGUCCCAAAACAUUCGUGUAAUGUCGUUCUGUCCAUCGCUGCAGUGAGGACAGAUAAACAGCGCCAUAUCUUCAGCAUCCACUGUACUGAGCUCCAUACAACCCAAGUGAAACCAUUUUGCGCAGACUUCACACAAAACAGAUGGGUCCGAUCCAACAACACUGCCUUCGCAAAUGCAAUCAGAUCGCUUCCUUUUCUGACCCUGGACAGACAUU